CACACACACACACACACACACACACACACACACUCUCUCUCUCUCACACACACACACACUCAGACAGACAGACAGACAGAACUGUGCUGAGCAGCAGAACCGAGCCGCUCGCGUCUGAUUCAGAAACCGAGGGAAGAUCCAACAUCCGGAUCCGGUGACAGUCAGAAAUGCAGCGGUCAGCGGUGGUUUUUGUUCUGGCGUUCUCGGCGGCCGCCUGGGCUCUGGAUAACGGGCUGAUGAGGACCCCGCCGAUGGGCUGGUUAGCCUGGGAGCGUUUCCGCUGUAACACGGACUGUCUGAACGACCCGGACAACUGCAUCAGCGAGAAGCUGUUCAUGGACAUGGCCGACCGGCUGUCGGAGGACGGCUGGAGAGAGCUGGGAUACGUCUACAUCAACAUCGACGACUGCUGGUCCUCGAAGCUGAGAGACGGUCAGGGCCGACUGCAGGCCGACCCCAAGAGGUUUCCGCGGGGCAUCCCUCACCUGGCGCAGUACGUCCACGACCGCGGCCUGAAGCUGGGCAUCUACGGAGACAUGGGCACCUACACCUGCGGAGGAUAUCCAGGAACCACUCUGGACAAGAUCGAGACGGACGCCCAGACCUUCGCUGACUGGGGCAUCGACAUGCUGAAGCUGGACGGAUGCUACUCCAACUCAUCGUACCAGGAGCAAGGCUACCCAAUGAUGUCAAAGGCCCUGAACGCUACGGGCCGUCUCAUUGGCUACUCCUGCAGCUGGCCCGCCUACCAGGGUGGCCUCCCGCCGAAGGUGAACUACUCUCUUCUGGGUGAGAUCUGUAAUCUGUGGAGGAACUACGAUGAUAUCCAGGACUCGUGGGACAGUGUUCUGAGCAUCGUCGACUGGUUCUUUGAUAAUCAGGACGUUCUGCAGCCCGCCGCCGGACCGGGACGCUGGAACGACCCCGACAUGCUGAUCAUUGGAGACUUCGGCCUCAGCAUGGACCAAUCACGUGCUCAGAUGGCGCUGUGGGCGAUCAUGGCCGCCCCUCUCUUCGUGUCUAACGAUCUCCGUACGGUCAGCAGCGGCGCUCGAGCGAUCCUGCAGAACAAGAUGGCCAUCGGCAUCAAUCAGGACCGGCUGGGCAUCCAGGGCAGACGUCUGCUCAAGGAGAAGAGCGGGGUCGAGGUGUUCUGGAGGCCCCUGGCCAAAGGCUCCAGCGCUCUGGUGUUCUUCAGCAGGAGAUCUGAUAUGCCUUAUCGCUAUACAACCUCUCUGAAGGAGCUGAGCUACAAAACUGGAGUGUAUGAGAUGUACGACGUGUUUUCGGAGCAGCUCCUGCCUCAGGUGAAGGACAGCACAGAGUUUGUGGUGUCCAUCAAUCCGUCCGGGGUGGUCAUGUGGUACGUCAGUCCUGUGGCCAAGUGGCAGAAGGAGGCGGAGCCUAGGCACUUCAGUGAGAAGCUGACUGGGCCAAAGUUCCACCAGCAUGCAAAUGAGGUCGACGCCCCUCUGGUGCUCUGAGCUCCGCCCACCAGAAUCCAACGACACACUCAGGGAUCUUUAGCCAAUCGAAUGUGCCUACGAUCAUUUGAUCAGCUUUCCAAAUGUUUUCUAGUGUAAUUUUAUAGCUCCAUUUCUACUGAAUGACACGGGAUGGGAUUGAAUGUGUUUUUGCACUGACUUUAACGAGGUCUCAUUUGUGCACAUUCAAGUUUGAAGUCCUUUUAUAAAUCAAGAUGUUCAAAUUAUGAUGCUUUUGUGGAGGUGUACUACAGUUUUUGAACUCAAAUAAACACUUGAUCUAAAUGACAGAA